AUGUCAUCAGUCGUCACACUGUACGUCGUCGACUACAACAGCAUGACAAAAGAACACCAGGACAUUUUGUGCAGUAAUGGUGCUAUAGCAGCCUUAGCUCCACUUCUAGCAUCCGAUGUAUACAAGGUUCAGAUGCCGACGCUGAAGUGUUUUGCUGUGCUGUGUUAUGAAAAUGAGAACAGUGCAGCACAAAUAUCAACAGCUACCUAUAACGGGGAGUCGAUCCCCAAACUUCUGGUUCGUCUGCUGGCUCGUGACAAAACGUCAGAGAUGCAGAUAGCCGCAGCCAAGUGUCUCACCUACUUGUGUCGCUGUGGAGCAAUCGAAGCAGACAGCCCCACCAUUGUUCUCAAGACUCUUCCCACACUAGUCCGGAUGUGUAAAAAAGACCGCCCCCUGGAGGAGAAUGUUGAAGGAGCCGAGACUCUUGCCUAUCUUAUAAAAGUUGACCCAGUCCUGCAACGAGCGGCCGCCAUUUCCGAUCACAUCAUGAAGGCGCUGGCCGAGUAUCUCAAAUACACAGAUAUCGAGCAGAUCGGGUCGAGAACCAUGAAGAAAAAGGAUGUGAACUGGGGGAAUGAGAUGAGACAGGCAGCGUUCAAGGCGUUGGCAUCUUUAGGAGCUAACGACGAAGAUAUCCGCAAGAAGAUAAUAGCGACGGAGAAUCUCAUGGACCACGUGUCAACUGCUAUGAACAGUCAGAACCUCAAAGUUCAGAUUGCUGCCACCAGGUGUCUCCACAGUCUGUCGCGGUCCGUUCAGCAGCUGAGAACCUCAAUACAAGACCACAACAUCUGGAAACCGUUACUUAAGCUUAUUCAGUGUGGGGAUGAAGAGGCGCUGGCCAUUGCUUCAUCAACGUUGUGUAAUCUGCUCUUGGAGUUCUCACCCAGUAAAGAGCCAAUCCUUGAGGCAGGAGCUAUCAACAUCCUGGCUGACUUGACAAGCCGGUCAGACCCGGCGUUACGCCUCAACGGAGUCUGGGGUCUUAUGAACAUGGCGUUCCAGGCAGAACAGAAGGUUAAACUUCAGAUCGUGGAGACCCUGGGUUCAGAACAACUCUUCUGUCUUCUCUUUGACUCUGACACCAACAUUCUCAUGAAGACGCUGGGGCUGCUUAGGAACCUGCUGUCAAACCAACAACACAUUGAUGACAUCAUGGGGUCAUAUGGAAAUCAGGUUAUGCAAGCAGUCAUCUUUAUUUUAGAGGGAGACCACUCUGUAGAAGUCAAAGAACAGACACUGUGUAUCCUGGCAAACAUCGCUGAUGGUGACCAGGCUAAAGAUGUUAUAAUGGAAAAUGAUGACAUUCUGAAGAAACUCACAUCAUACAUGGUUCACAGUAACGUCAAACUUCAGAUAGCGGCCAUAUUGUGUGUUCUUAAUCUUGUAUCAAAGCAAGACGAAGGUGCCUUCCACAGACAGGAGCGAUUGAAAAAGAUGGGUGUCCAGAAAUUACUGCAGCAACUGUUGAGUACCCAGGAUGCAACACUGUUUGAAAAAGUGAAGCAAGCAUUACAGCAGUUUACGUAACCAGAGGAGAAAGAUUCAGUCAAUCAUUGAUCAAACAGAACUUUUUAAUAAACAGAUAAUCACUA